UUCUUAUAACUACCACAUGAAAAUUCAAUCGACCAAGAAAAAAUAAUAAUAAAAAUCGUUCAUUUUCUCAACUUCCAUCGUCAUGGCGGUUUCGGGGUUGAGAAGCGGUGGUUUACCGCUCUUCCACCACCAUCACCACCACCAACUUCGCUUCCUUCAAUCCCCUCCUUCCUUCGCGAAAUUCAACGUUCUUCGCUCCAAGUCGAAGAAGGGGUUCACUGUCUUCGCUCGCUCUGCACAAGCGCGAGACCUUUUCUCCUCCCGUCGAUUCCAAGAUAGCAUGGAGAAGCUGCCGAAGCUGGUGGAGGACAUUGUGGAGACAUCCUUAAACACCGGUCCCAGGGGUGUCCUUAGGUUGGCUCAAGGGGUUCAGGCCUUCAUUGGCGUUGGUCAGGAGUGGUUAACUGAUGUCUCUAAGUCGGCAAAUACAUCUGCUGGUUUACAGACUGAAAUGCAGCUUGGUUUACUCUCCCCCUUUUAUUUGAGGAGGUUGUUUGAGCGCAUGGGCGCAACCUAUAUCAAAUUGGGUCAGUUCAUUGCAUCUGCUCCAACACUGUUUCCACCUGAGUAUGUACAAGAAUUCCAAAAUUGUUUUGAUAGAGCUCCUCCUGUUCCUUAUGAGGAAAUCGAAUCUAUAUUACGUAAGGAGCUAGGAAAACCAUUGGAAAGUGUUUAUGAAUACAUUGACCCAACACCCCUUGCUUCUGCUUCUAUAGCACAGGUUCAUGGUGCAAGGCUAAAAGGGUCCCAGGAGGAUGUGGUUAUAAAGGUCUUAAAACCAGGAAUAGAAGACAUAUUAGUGGCAGAUCUUAAUUUUGUUUAUGUUGUUGCUCGAAUAUUGGAGUUCUUGAGUCCUGAUAUAAGCCGAACAUCUCUUGUUGGUAUAGUCAAAGAUAUACGUGAGUCUAUGCUUGAAGAAGUUGAUUUUUACAAGGAAGCUGCAAAUAUUGAGGCUUUCCGGAGAUAUUUAGAAGCAAUGGGACUAACAGGGAGUGCAACAGCUCCCAGAGUGUACCAGUACUGCAGUACAAAGAAAGUUUUAACUAUGCAGAGACUGUAUGGAGUGCCUCUUACGGAUCUAGACUCCAUAAGUUCAUUAGUUUCUAAUCCAGAAACCAGCCUUAUAACUGCCCUCAAUGUGUGGUUUGGAAGUUUGCUGGGAUGUGAAUCUUUUCAUGCAGAUGUACACGCAGGAAAUCUGUGGCUUCUACGUGAUGGGCGAAUUGGGUUUCUUGACUUUGGAAUUGUUGGUCGUAUAUCCCCUAAAACAUGGGCUGCUAUGGAAGUCUUCUUAGGAUCAAUUGCUAUUGAAGAUUAUGUCUCCAUGGCAUCUGCCUUAAUUGAAAUGGGUGCUACAAACAAGGAUGUUGAUACAGAAGCCUUUGCCAGAGAUUUGGAAAAAGUAUUCUCGUCAAUUAAGGAGUUGGACACUGAAAUAGUUGUAGCGACUACAAGUGGAACAGCCUCAAAUACAACCACUGUUGCAGCUAAUAUAGUUUUCGAUGAAAGGCAGAUGAAUGCUCUCUUUCUUGACGUGGUUCGUGUUAGCGAAUCAUAUGGAUUAAAGUUUCCUCGUGAAUUUGCUCUUCUCCUGAAACAGCUAUUGUACUUUGACCGCUACACACGGUUGUUGGCUCCCAAUUUGAACAUGCUUCAAGAUCAGAGAAUUUCCAUUGCCUCCAAUAGAAGAAGAAUGUAUAGAGACAAUUAUUAACACAUAUCUAGAUGUACUCAUUUUCGUUCGAAAGAUUUAAUUAUUACAUUGGUAUAUAAAUAGAAUAGUCCAUAGUUGUCAUGUGAGACAACCUUUUAUAAUCAUGACACUUGCUAUGGAUAUAUAUUCUUCUACUGAUUUUAGUUUUUAGAUAAAAAUAAGAAAUUUGCAAAGAAAUGUUUUCAGGUUUUGAAAGGAUUGUCCCAUUUAUUAAAUGAUGCCCCUUUAAAGGGUUAGAUAAAA